CCCAAAUCCAUCUGCUUCCAUACGUGUGAGUCAGAGGGGGGCAACAAGCGCUGUCCCUGCUCUGUGCUCGUUCCAUUCCAGAGGGAGAGAGAGGGAGGCAGGGAAAACGCUUGGCAGAGAGCCGGACACGGCCUGGAAAACGGGAUGCGGGAAGGAAAAGCAUCCCGGGUGUGUGUGGCUGUGUCCAGCCGUAGGCAAAGGUUUUGGCAGAGGUUUGCAAAGGGAGAUGUGCCGGGACACGGCGGAGUUGAGGGGCGGCAGCUCCUCGCCCCCAAACCCGCAGGAGGUGCCCGGGCAGGGCUUUGGGAGCCCCCAGGGGUGUCGGUGGCUGACGCUGCUCUUCUCUCCAUCCCUCUCCCCCCGGCCAGAGAUCCCCCAGUGCGCCGGCUGCAACCAGCACAUCCUGGACAAGUUCAUCCUCAAGGUCCUGGACCGCCACUGGCACAGCUCCUGCCUCAAGUGCGCCGACUGCCAGAUGCAGCUGGCCGAGCGCUGCUUCUCCCGGGCCGGCAGCGUCUACUGCAAGGAGGAUUUCUUCAAGCGUUUCGGGACCAAAUGCACGGCGUGCCAGCAGGGCAUCCCCCCGACCCAGGUGGUCCGCAAGGCGCAGGACUUCGUGUACCACCUGCACUGCUUCGCCUGCAUCAUCUGCAGCCGCCAGCUGGCCACGGGCGACGAGUUCUACCUGAUGGAGGACGGGCGGCUGGUGUGCAAGGAGGACUACGAGACCGCCAAGCAGAACGAUGACUCCGAGGCGGGCGCCAAGCGGCCCCGGACCACCAUCACGGCCAAGCAGCUGGAAACGCUGAAGAACGCCUACAAGAACUCCCCCAAGCCCGCCCGGCACGUACGGGAGCAGCUCUCCUCCGAGACGGGGCUGGACAUGAGGGUCGUGCAGGUGUGGUUCCAGAACCGGCGGGCCAAGGAGAAGCGGCUGAAGAAGGACGCGGGGCGGCAUCGCUGGGGGCAGUUCUACAAGAGCGUGAAGCGGAGCCGCGGGGGAGGGAAGCUGGAGAAGGAGAGCUCGGCCGAGGACUGCGGCGUCAGCGACAGCGAGCUCAGCUUCCGCGGUGAGCGCGGCGCCCGAGCGGGGCCGGGGGGCGGCGGGGCUCCCUCCCGCGCUGACCCCCCGCCCCCGCUCUCCCUCCUGUCCCCGGCAGAAGAGCAGAUCCUCUCCGAGCUCGGCCACAACAACAGGGUUUACGGCUCCGCGGGGGACGUGGCAGGCGGACAGUUGCUGAACGGCGGCUUCUCCAUGGAGGGCACGGGACAGACGUACCAGGACUUGCGGGACGGCAGCCCCUACGGCCUCCCGCAGUCGCCCUCCUCCAUCUCGUCGCUGCCGGCGCACCCGCCCUUGCUCAACGGGCUGGACUACGCCAUGGACGGCAGCCUGGGGCUGGUGGCCCACGGGGCGCAGGGGGUGAGUCAGACGCUGCGGGCCAUGGCCGGGGGGGGCCCCACCUCCGACAUCUCCACGGGGAGCAGCGUGGGGUACCCAGACUUUCCCACCAGCCCGGCCUCCUGGCUGGACGACAUGGAUCACCCCCCUUUCUAAGCGCUGCUCGCCCCCCGCCCCGGCCCCC